AUGGGAAGCGGCGCUAGGACUUGUCGGAACCCUCUCCGCCAUAGCCCUGUUCAUAUCGCCCAUCAAAACGUUUUAGCGGAUUAUCAGCAGGCGAAGCACAGAAGACUUCCCGUCCUUCCCUUACGUGUCCACGCUGCUCAAUUGCUUCGUCUGGACGGUCUAUGCGCUCCCGUUCGUCACUCCCAACCGCUUUCCACCGCUU